UCUUUAACGUCAUUGAUGGAAAACUACGUCUAUUUCGAGAACUCCUCCAGCAACCCGUACCUGAUACGCAGAAUCGAGGAGCUCAACAAGACGGCCAACGGGAACGUGGAGGCCAAGGUGGUUUGCUUCUACCGCAGACGGGACAUCUCCAGCACCCUCAUCGCCCUGGCCGACAAGCACGCCACGCUGUCCGUCUGCUACAAGACCGGACCGGGGGCCGACAACGGCGAGGAAGGAGAAGUGGAGGAGGAGAUGGAGAACCCCGAGAUGGUGGACCUGCCUGAGAAACUGAAGCACCAGCUCCGGCACCGGGAGCUGUUCCUCUCGCGGCAGCUGGAGUCGCUGCCCGCCACGCACAUCAGAGGGAAGUGCAGCGUCACCCUGCUCAACGAGACGGAGUCCCUCAAGUCCUACCUGGAGCGGGAGGAUUUCUUCUUCUAUUCUCUAGUCUACGACCCCCAGCAGAAGACCCUGCUGGCCGAUAAGGGAGAGAUCCGCGUGGGAAACCGGUACCAGGCGGACAUCACUGACCUGCUGAAGGAAGGUGAGGAGGAUGGCCGAGACCAGUCCAGACUGGAGACCAAGGUGUGGGAGGCGCACAACCCGCUCAUAGACAAGCAGAUUGACCAGUUCCUGGUGGUGGCCCGCUCCGUGGGCACCUUUGCGCGAGCCCUGGACUGUAGCAGCUCCGUCCGGCAGCCCAGCCUGCACAUGAGUGCCGCGGCCGCCUCCCGGGACAUCACCUUGUUCCACGCCAUGGACACGCUGCACAAGAGUGUGUAUGACGUCGCCAAGGCCAUCUCGGCGCUGGUGCCACAGGGCGGGCCUGUGCUGUGCAGGGACGAGAUGGAGGAGUGGUCGGCCUCCGAGGCCAGCCUUUUCGAGGAGGCCCUGGAGAAGUACGGGAAAGACUUCACAGACAUUCAGCAAGACUUCCUGCCCUGGAAGUCCCUCACCAGCAUCAUCGAGUAUUACUACAUGUGGAAGACCACCGACAGAUACGUGCAACAGAAACGCUUGAAAGCAGCGGAAGCGGAGAGCAAGUUGAAGCAAGUGUAUAUCCCCAACUAUAACAAGCCAAAUCCGAACCAGAUCAGCGUCAAUAACGUCAAGGCAGGCGUGGUGAAUGGCGCGGGGGCGCCAGGCCAGAGCCCUGGGGCCGGCCGAGCCUGCGAGAGCUGUUACAUGUCGCCUCUGCGCAUCUUGCUGGACAUAUUGGAAGAAAUAUGGUGGCUUGAAAAUGCCAACCCGGUUAGAUGGAGAGAGGCCAGGACCAAACCGCAGUAACAUGAGCCCCCACGGCAUCCCAGCCCGGAGCAGCGGGAGUCCCAAGUUUGCCAUGAAGACGAGACAGGCCUUCUACCUGCACACCACCAAGCUCACGCGCAUCGCCCGGCGCCUGUGCCGAGAGAUCCUGCGUCCGUGGCACGCGGC